AUGAAUCGGUAGAUAACAGAAAGCCGGAAGAUAAAAUACCUGGCAGUCCUUGCAAUGAUGUGUCCAAUCUUUAUUUAUGUGUGAUUACACUGAAGCCAACUUAAAAUGUCAGAAGGCAGGAUUGAUCUUACCAUGUCAGACACAGGAAGAGUUUCAAUACAUAACAGCCUGUACAGCCGUUACUCUCGGAAUCACGUCGAAGGUGUGUCCGUGGAAGUCUGCCAUAUAAUGACCUUGCUGGGAUACGGGGAGGAGACCAGACGGAGGCGUGUUGAAAAAUACAGGGAAAAUGAUAUGCUGUGGAACGCACAACACCUUGAUUCAACUUUCAUCACAGCUGGCAGCAAGGCCGAGGGGCUGACCUGCUGGUUGGAAAGCGACCAUGACUUGCUGUUCAUGCCAAAAGGUGUCCUCUGUGUGGAAGCUGGAAUUGAUCUACACACCAUACCAGACGAAAUAGAAGUGUACAUGAUGGAUACACGUGCAUACCCAGGACACUGUAGGAUGUUACUGGAAAGAUGCGAUCACACACAUUUACAUUUUGAUAAUAAGGUUCUUUGUGAUGACGGAAAUGGAAACACUUUGCUGAGCAGCGGUUUAUUGCUUGAUGUACUUUCAAAACGUAAAUUUAACAUAGGAGCUCCACUUGAACGCGCGGGGCCCUCUUUACCGAGAUUAAUAGGACAAGAAAUUAAUAUAGACCUAGUGUUUGCAGUACACUGUCAAUGCCCCGGCAUCCUGCAGAGAUGGGCUCAACGAUCUCGACAUUGGCCGCCUCCAGAUGUCGUGCAGAAGGUUGUAUCAUUGGGAUCUGUUGUUACUCCCAUAGGAUUUAGAGGCAGUGAAUUUAAAUAUUUCGAAUGGAGGAUUUGCUUUAAUAUGGGUGAAACGGAACUAGUUAAUAAUCUUACUGAAACUCAGGCAAAAGUGUAUGUACUUCUAAAAAUGAUUGUAAAAGAAGUACUGAAACCAAAGAAAAAAGAAAUAACAUCUUUUGUGCUAAAAAGUUUAAUAUUUUGGCAGGCUGAAAGGAAUGCAACUGCAAUGUUUAAAGACAGGAAUUUGAUCCAAUGGUUACAUGACGCACUGGGAACACUCAGAACUGUAAUAUCCUCUACACAGCUGCCAUACUACAUGAUUCCUGAGCGAAAUCUAAUGGCAGCGUGUGGAUUGCAGGAGGAACAGCAGCGUAAAUGGGUGGCAGAUAUCGCGGACAUGAUGGAGGAAGGACCCAGGGUAAUACUUAGAUUGCCAAAGAUACGACGGGCGAUUAUCUGUCACCCAGAGCCGCUGCUGUGGUUCAGCAGGAAAAGGCUUGAGAUGGAGAUGCUAAGGCUGGAGUGGAUGAUAAGAUUCGAGCAGAGUCGUAGAGAUGCGAACGGCGAGUGUGAUUUCUCGGAUAUCAUCCUGACGGAGAUACAGAGACGAAUGAACGAGAUAGCUUUAGUGGUGUGUCUACGGAUGUUUAUGGAAGGCGGCAUUGUCACAUUGCAGAAUGACAUAUUCAGCAGUCUGUUGAUGUAAUAAUGACUGUUUAUCUCAUCUUCACCGCGAAAUUGACGGUAUAACGUCCCAUGGAAUAGACUAGCCUCUAUCCCAUCUUGUUGAAUAGACCUAUCGCGUGGACCGACUACUUUUCAAAUGACGUGAGGCGAUAUGCGCUUCAAUUAGGUCGAUAUUGUUUUGUUCAUUGAUAAAAUUUUACGGUCACCCAUUGGAAGAAAAUGUGCAUAUUUUGCAGAAAAGAAAAUAUAUGACAUAUUUAACAGAACAAAUGUUGAAAUAAAAUAUAAAAAAUACACGAUUUUGUUUU